UCCCGGCCCCAGCAGCUACCCCGGAGCAUCUCCCCUCGCCCCGCCGGCCGCAGGAGCAGACCCCAGCCCCGCCGCUGUCUCCGAGAGGCUGAGAGGGAAAGUUCUCCCCGCUCUCCAGCCCCACGCGGGGCCGGACGAGGCGACGCGGUGUCCCCCGGCGGCGGAGGGCGGCGCGGGUGCCCUGCUCCUCCCGCCGCCGGCGGCCGCCGCCGGGGCAGCACAGCUGUUACAGAGCCGCGCUGGUCCCUCCUCCCAGCUGCGGCUGCCUCAUCUCCCCCCACCCAGCCCGUCCCUCCCCUCCGCCGCUCCCGACGCUGCUGCUGCUGCUGCCGCUGCCGCCGCCGCCACCUCCUCCUCCUCCCCACCCCCACCCUCUCUCUCGCUCCCCAUCUCUCUCUCUCUCCGUCCCGUUCCCCCCCUGCCCCCGCCUCUCCCCGCCCUGCCGCCGCCGGCCCUGGCAGAGCAGGCACCGCAGGGGGAUCUCGAUGUAACACCAUGACAGGCAUCGCCGCCGCCUCCUUCUUCUCCAACGCCUGCAGGUUCGGGGGCUGCGGGCUCCACUUCCCAACCCUGGCAGAGCUCAUCGAGCACAUCGAGGACAACCACAUCGACACAGACCCACGUGUAUUAGAAAAACAAGAACUUCAGCAGCCAACCUAUGUUGCUCUAAGUUACAUUAACAGAUUUAUGACUGAUGCAGCUCGACGUGAGCAGGAGUCCUUGAAGAAAAAGAUUCAGCCAAAACUCUCUCUGACGUUGUCAAGCACAGUGUCCCGUGGGAAUGUAUCUACUCCACCUCGCCACAGCAGUGGAAGCCUUACUCCUCCAGUCACCCCUCCAAUCACUCCCUCCUCUUCAUUUCGCAGUAGUACUCCUACAGGUAGUGAAUAUGAUGAAGAGGAAGUAGACUAUGAAGAAUCAGACAGUGAUGAGUCCUGGACUACAGAAAGUGCUAUCAGCUCUGAAGCUAUCCUUAGUUCAAUGUGCAUGAAUGGAGGGGAUGAGAAACCUUUUGCCUGUCCUGUUCCUGGAUGUAAAAAAAGAUAUAAGAAUGUGAACGGUAUCAAGUACCAUGCCAAGAACGGCCACAGAACACAAAUCCGCGUACGCAAACCAUUCAAAUGUCGCUGUGGAAAGAGUUACAAGACAGCUCAGGGCCUGCGGCACCACACAAUCAAUUUCCAUCCCCCCGUGUCUGCUGAGAUCAUCAGGAAGAUGCAGCAAUAACAUGCUGGUCACAAAUGUGCCAAGAAAUCCUCACCAGCAGUUGCUGAUUUUGAGAACAGCCACCUUUUUCAGGGGAAGCACUCAGCAACCCUUUAAAAAAAUUAAAUGCAUGCUUUAAAAUUUUCUGUAAUUUUGGAAUGAUGUAUCUUUGUAGAGUUAAUGAUUUUGUACAUUUGCACAUGUUAUCAUCUUACCCAUUUUCAUUACUUUGAGAUAAGGUGCUAUAAAAGCUAUAGGUUCUUCAGAACAUUUUUCUCCAAAAAAAAACAAAAAAAUAAGAACUAGGGGGACGUUGCGUAUUUAGUUGUACUGACGUGUGGGACAGGAGCGCGAGGAGGAGAGCUUGGCACUGACAUCCUUUCAAGAUUGUAACGUGAUGAAGACUUUCGAUGCAUCUGUCAAUGUGUGUGCAAAACCAAAACAGUACCGCCCUCGUCAAACUAUAGUUAACAUGCCUUACAUAACGGAGUUAUCAGUGGAGUAGCAAGUCUUUUAGGUAAUGGAAAUAUAAAUAAGAAAGAAUGUUUAACAUAAUAUGCUAAAAAUAUUUUCAUACUUAAAUAACAUACAUAAAAGGUGUGCUUGCUGUAUUUUAUAUUAUCUUGCAAAUCUUUUUUUUUUCCUCCCUCUUGAAAUGCUGAAAACCUUGCCAUUCGAACUAGUAAACAAUCACUUUAGUGUUAGCAAUUACAUUUUUUUCUCUGUACAAGAUGCCAUAUUAUGUUCAUGCCCAUCAAACUUUUGAGGACCAAUAUCCCAGUCCAACUAAAUAUCUACCCCUGAACUAUCUGUUAGAAAGACACUUGGAAAUACUUAAGUGCAAAUUUAUGUGUGUGUGAGAAACAAUUAUCUUCAUCUCAGAUGAAGUUUUGAAGCACUUUGUAGUUCUCUAUUGCCAACAGAUUUAAUGUUUUAUGUGUUGCCAAUUCUUGCAACUACUGUACGAGCAUGUGCUGCGGUUGCAAAUAAAAAUGAGAAAUUCAGCGCAUGGUUUAAGGAGGUCCGUUAGUUGUGCUAAGGGAGUUAAAAUGCCUCUCCCUCACGUUCAUUGUGUUUUGAGAUUUUCUUUGUGCAUUUUUUGCUUCUCAUUGUAGGUCACCGCAUUCCAUUUGGAAGUCUCUGUUUAGCUUUACAAUUAAUUUUGCUGAAAUAUGACAUUUGAGCCUUAUUGAAGAUUAAGUGCUUCUUGCAGCAGGUGGUCAGAGACUGACUUAAAAGCCAACAUGAGAGCGCUUCGUGUCUGGACCAUACCUGAACAUUUGUUGCUUGCCAUCCUGCCUUGAGCAUUCUUCUCACAAGUGCUAUUCCUGGAGUUCAGCUGGCCAGGAGCAGAGGUGGGCACCCUCCACCAGCCCUAGCCUGAACACUCCUUUGCCUGGCAAGGGUGCAGGAGGAACUCCCAGUUUUAACACAGUCAUCGCCUUGGCUUGGUUCCUGUUCUUUUAAGUGCAAAAGAAAGCUCACAUAAAGGAGGAAUGAGCUUUCCCUAUUUUUUUUCCAAAGCUUUAAAGGAAAACUUUGUAAGGAUGACAAUUACCUUUUCUCCAGCAGAGUAAAAGUCUCAUUAAAACACGUAAGAAUCAUCCUAAUGAGAAAGUGUUUAGAACAGCCAAAGUGAAGCGAAACAUCCCUCUCUCAGAUGCCAGAGAGGAGACCGUGACAGCCGGGUUUAAAGGAUGAUCCAGACAUGAGAGUUACUGGUACACACAAGGCCCCAAGUGGCCACUUCCCACCUUCUGCGGCUUUGGCAACAGAUCUGGCCAGCAAACACGUUUUGGCUCUGCUCCUAGUGCAAGAACUACAGGCUGGGCGAGUUCGUUCAACAGCUAAACAGUUGUAAAACGUCAUUGUUGCAUGUAAAUUCCUUUCAACUAUAAAACUGAAAUUCCAGUUUCUAUUUACCUAUUCAUUGUGACAGUAUUAUUAAACAGGUAAAGAUGGGACUAUUUUGUUAUACUGUGUAUAGUGAAUGUAUUGUACUGUGUCUGUGAAAAGUGUGCUUUAAAUUAUAUUUUCAUAUGUUUUGUUGGGGACAAAGUACUUUAAGUUUGAAAGUGACAGAGGUUUGUUUUAGAACUGAAGGCAACUUAAAGAAUUCCUGUCAGGAAAGCUGCUUAUAAAUGUAAAUCAAAUCACAUUUAAAAUAAACUGCCUCUGACCUAAAAA